UGUUUAAUAUUUCCCUUUUAAAACCUGAGUUUUGUAAUAAUCAAGCAAGUAAGAUCACAGGAAGGCUUCGACUUAGCAAUCUUUCCCGCAGUCGAGUGCUUGUUUGUUCUCCCGAUUAACUUGCGCUACUGAACUGUGCCGAAUUCCAAUAACCAACUGAAAUGGAGGAGUACAGCCGUGAGCCUUGUCCCUUUCGCAUCAUCGAGGACUGCGGUGGAGCCUUCACCAUGGGCGCCCUGGGCGGGGCUGUCUUCCAGGCGAUCAAGGGCUUCCGCAACGCCCCCCGCGGUCUGAAUCGCCGACUGAGAGGAGGCUUUGCGGCGGUGAGGGCUCGAUCCGGCCUGGUGGGCGGGAACUUUGCGGUUUGGGGCGCCUCUUUUAGCGCCAUAGAUUGCACCCUGGUCUACUGUCGCAGGAAGGAGGACCCGUGGAAUGCGAUCAUUAGUGGCGCGGCCACCGGUGGCAUUCUGGCGGCUCGUACGGGAUUAACCUCGAUGCUCAGCAGUGCCGUGGUGGGCGGAAUUCUUUUGGCCUUGAUCGAGGGCGUGGGCAUUGCAGUGUCACACUAUUCCGCGGAUUCCUACCGCCAGGUGUCGCCCGUGGAGAGGCAGGCGAUCUACAAGCAUCAGCAUUUACAGCAGCAUUCGGGUUUUUCUCCCUUUAGCACAGAUUAUACAGAGGCUAAUCCGCCGUCAUUGUAGAAAUCUUCACUGCGUCAUCGCGCAGUCGUCGCCAUCCAUUCGCGAUCAUCCGCUGGAUCGACGAUUGCAUACCAAUUGAAUACAAGAUUACUUUGAUUUUUCAACGAUAACGCCUCCAAAUCUUAGGUCUGGCGGCAUUCCGAUUCCGAUUUCAAUUUAAAUUCAAUUGUCGUAUAUUGCUAGUUUUAGAAUCAUAAAUAUAUUUUCCAUCUCGUUUCUUG